AUGACAAAGAAGGCGGGAGAAUGCAAGGGCAAGUCCAAGACGCUCGAAUUGAACAAUGGCGAAUUCAUUACCGGUGCCACGGUCCGCAGCAACGAGCUGGUUCAGUCGUUGGCAUUCAAAACCAACAAGGGAACAGAAUUCGGACCCGCGGUGGAAAAGGAUGGAUUGGUUGGAUUUUCAGGAAAGGCGGGAUCGUACAUUGAUCAAGUGGCCUUUCGAUGGGGACCCGUCCCGCAAAUGAACAAGAAACAGCAGCAGAGCAAGUAG